AUUUAAAAAAUAAAAAUUCUUAACAUUAUUGUGUAUGGCUUAGAAAACAGAAUUUACAAAUGGUAUGGAAUAUGAUUAAAUGAAUAGUUAUCGAAAACCCCGAUUUUUCUUAGGAAGAGGUUAAAAUAUUAAAAUAUUGGGAAUAGAUUAAUGCAUUCCAUAAAUAAUUAGAACUGAGGAAGGAUUGUCCUAGAUUUAUAUUUUAUGAUGGACCUCCAUCUGCUAUAGGUUUACCACAUUAUGAUCAUAUUUGUACUGGUACAAUAAAAGUAAUUAUUAAUUGUAAAAAUAUAGGAUGUGGUUUGUAGAUAUUUUGCAAUGAAUGGGAGAUAUGUAGAGAGAAGAUUUGGAUGGGAUUGUCAUGGUUUACCUGUGGAAAAUGUAAUAGAUAAAACUUUAAAAAUUCAGCAUAGGAGUGAUAUUUUAAAGGUAAAUAUUGUAAUGAUAAAUAUUUAGAUGGGAAUUGAUAAAUAUAAUCAUGAAUGUAAAGCUAUAGUAAUGAGAAAUGUAUAAGAAUGGAGAAGAAUUAUUGGAAGAUUAGGAAGAUGGAUUGAUUUUGAUAAUGAUUACAAAACAUUAGAUAAAUCUUAUAUGGAAAGUGUUUGGUGGGUUUUUAAAGAAAUGUGGUAAAAAGGAUUAAUAUACAGAGGAUGUAGAAUUAUGCCAUAUUCAAAUGGUUGUUCUACAGUCCUUAGUAACUUUGAGACCUUUUAUGAUAAAGAAGUAUGUGAUUAUGCUAUCGUCGUAACAUUCCCUUUGAUUACUGAUGAAACAACCAAGUUUGUAGCUUGGACAACUACUCCUUGGAAGUUGCCUAGUAAUUUAGCUUUGGCUGUUCAUCCAGAUUUAGAUUAUGUAAAAUUAUUAGAUAAAGCAUCUAAUACUCAUUAUAUCUUAGCAUAAUCAAGAAUUAUUGAAUUAUAUUAAGAUGAUAAAUUAUAUGAGAUAGUUUAGAAAUUCAAAGGUUCUGAAUUAGUUGGAAUUGAAUAUGUUCCAUUAUUUAAUUAUUUUUUGGAAAGAAGAGAAUAAGGAUGUUUUAGAGUUUUGGCUGCUAAUUUUGUUACUAGUAAUGAUGGCACUGGUAUUGUACAUUGUGCACCUGGAUUUGGUGAAGACGAUUAUAAGGCUUGUUUAAAAGUUGCUAUUAUUAAUCCAUCAGAUCCUUUAGUACCAAUCGAUUCUAGUGGAAGAUUCUUAGAAUCAGUUAAAGAUUUCUCAGGAAUGUAUGUUAAAGAUGCAGAUAAAGAAAUUAGAAAAGUACUUAAAAACAAUGGAAGAUUAAUUAAAGAUGGAGAAGUUAAACAUAAUUAUCCAUAUUGUUGGAGAUCUUAAACUCCUAUAAUUUAUAAAGCAAUUAAUUGUUGGUUUAUUAAAGUUACUGCUAUUAAAGAUAAACUUCUUGCUAACAAUAAAAAAGCUAGAUGGAUACCAUCUUCAAUUCAAGAGGAAAGAUUUCACAAUUGGUUAGAUGAUGCAUAAGAUUGGUGCUUCAGUAGAAAUAGAUUUUGGGGAAAUCCUAUUCCAAUUUGGGUUAGUGAUGAUUAUGAAGAAAUGGUUUGUGUUGGAUCUAUUGAAGAAUUACAAUAACUUUCUGGUGUAGAAAAUAUCACAGAUCUUCAUAGAGAAUUUAUUGAUCGUUUUACUAUCCCAAGUAAAUAAGGUAAGGGUUAAUUAAGAAGAAUUGAAGAAGUUUUUGGUUAUAUAUUUAAAUUAUAUUAUUAUCUUCAAUUAUAAAAGAAUAUUUUUUAGAGAAUUUUGAUGAUUUUUAAACUAAUAUGGAAAGAUUUUAAUAAAAUUCAUCUGCAUAUAUAUAUUUAAUUGAUAAUAUCUUAUCAAUAGUAAAUUGGUUAAAGCUUAAUCAUUGUAUUUCAAUAAAGAUGGAAUUUAAGAAGUUAUUAAGAUUGUGUUUUUACCAUGGCAUAAUGCUUAUAGAUUUUUGAUCUAAAAUAUAUAAAGAUAUGAAAAUGUUAUAGGU